AUGUCGAAGGUAAUGCGAAGUGUCAAAAAUGUGACCAAGGGUUACUCUAGCGCCCAAGUCAAGGUCAGAGAAGCUACCAGCAAUGACCCAUGGGGCCCGACCGGUACUCAGAUGAGCGAGAUUGCUCAAAUGACAUACAACACAUCCACCGAGUUUUACGAGAUCAUGGACAUGAUCGACAAGCGCCUGAAUGAUAAAGGAAAGAACUGGCGUCACGUCCUUAAAGCACUCAAGGUUUUGGAUUAUUGUCUUCAUGAAGGCUCGGAACUCGUCGUUACAUGGGCUCGACAGAGCAUCUAUAUCAUUAAGACCCUUCGCGAAUUCCAAUACGUAGACGAGGAAGGUCGCGAUGUAGGACAAAAUGUCCGAGUUGCCGCCAAGGAGUUAACCUCCCUUAUUCUUGACGAAGAAAGACUCCGAGCCGAGCGAAGCGACCGAAGAUCGUGGAAGUCGCGUGUUACUGGGCUCGAAGAGUUCGCCCCCCAGCACGCUGAGCCGGUUCAUCAGGCAAACAGACGACAGCAGCCGAGGAGACAAAUGAACGAGGAGGAAGAUGCUGAAUACCGCCUGGCCCUUGAGGCAAGCAAGUAUCAAGAGGAGGAAGACAGGAAGAAGCGCGAGAGCCGGCAGACCGGACCCGAUGACGAUGACGAUCUUGCGAAAGCAAUCAAGCUCAGCGAGGAAGAAGAGGAACGAAGGCGCAGGGAGCUGGAGACCAGUAACGCUGCUUCUCUUUUCGACGAUGACCCUGCGCCCUCGCAGCAGACUAGCCAGCCACAGUACACUGGUUUCAAUCAGGGUUAUCAGCAAGGCAACCCCGUCGAUUUCUUUGCCAAUCCUAUUGAGCAGAACCAGCCCCAGCCCACUGGCUACAUGAACAACGCCUAUACAGGAUUUCAACAACCCCAGCCUACUGGUUUCCAGCCAAACUACAACACUGGUUUUGGAGGUCAGCAGACGGGCAUGGGCUUCGAUCCUUUUGGCCAGCAGCAGCAGCAACAGCAGCCUCAACAACAAGCAUUCCAGCCCCAGCCCACUGGCUUCAACCCGUACCUGCAACAACAACAGCAGCCUCAGCAGCAAUCAUUCUCCUCACCAGCAUCUCCCGAGCCGACACUCCACCCUGGUAGCAACAACCCUUGGGCAACCAGCAACAACCAACAGCAAUCAUUGCAACCAACCCCUACUGGAUCCAACAACCCAUUCGCCCAGUUCAGCCGCCCUCAAUCCGCCCGACCAAACCCUAUGUCAACACUGGGAGCUCUUCCCGAACAGAAGAGCCUCAACUCGUUCGGCAACCAGUCUCAGCUACAGCCUCAGCUACAGCAACAGAACAGUUUCCCUAUGCAAUCGCAAAACAGCUUCACUCAGUCGCAACCUUCAUUCAAUGCUCCUCAGAAGGAAAUGACCGAGCACGAGUCUCGACUCAACACACUGCUCUCGAGCGGUGAUGGCAUGGAUACUUUUGGCAACACAGGCAAUCUGCGUAUUCCAUCCCAACAUACAGCACCUGGCACAUUUGUCAAUAGUGCUGGCUCGGGUGCUGCCCGCAUUAAUGCUGAGGCUACUGGAAACAAUCCCUUCCUGCGACAACAAUUCACAGGCAUGCCCUCAGUCAACUAUGGCGCUCAGAUGCCUGCUGCUACUGGACCUGCGGGUAUGAACGGCCAGACCAACAACCCGUUCGCCCAUCAACAAGCACCGCAGCAAAAACAGCAAAACCAAGAUCUGAUCCAGUUUUAA